UCUAAAAACUAAAAAAACAUUGAGAUAUGAUAGCCCCUGAACACUUAAUCAAUAGAUUGAAACAAAAACAAAGAUACAUUGACUACUUUUUAUCACUCUGCAUACUUCAAGCCUCUUCGACAAAAGCACCGUUAAAAACAUACGUUUUCGAGUAUCGGUGACAAUGUGUCACCUAUUUCUGGAGGUGUGAAACAAGCUAAUUGUCUCCUAACUGGCCGAGAAAAAGCAGUUAUUGUCCGCUAGUCUUGAACCGUACUUCGAAUAAGCAACGUCCGUUUUGUGAGAUCAAAAAUGUGCAGGCUACAUCUCUUAUCUGUGUUUUUAACGUUAAUCUCCAUCAGUUUAUCGAAGGCGUACUAUAUAAACCCAAACGAGGAAUGUGGGCCAUUAGGAUUCACAUGCGAGAGAAAUAAUAGACUCCGUAUAUGUGAGGGCACAAAACUAGUGGGGCCCACUUUUGUAUGUCCCCUCGGAACAUUCUGCAACGAGGAGUCGACAGAUGUAUGCGAAAAUGCCAUCAACUACAUAGACCCUGCGCUGACGAGAAGGCUGCGUUGUCACCGGAACGAGAGAAUAGCGAAUCCCAACGUCCCAGGUUGCAAGGGAUACAUUCUCUGCGUGCCAAAUGGAAACCGCUUCCAAGGUAUCAACUUCAAGUGUGCAGGAAAUACAAUUUUCAACGGCUUCACACGGUCAUGCACCUCUCCAGACAAAUACAAAUGUCCAGUUACAAACACUACAAAAACAGCGCCCGCGCUAUACGGCUCUGACGACAGAAAGGAUCCCUAUCUCGGGCUUGAUAAGUCUACAUCGAAUAUCAAUAAUCGGGUUAAUGGAAACCGUCCUACACCGAUUGAAUGUAAGAACUACAAGUUUAGGGUUACUCAGGACGACACUCCCAACCGCGCGACGUUCUUCUGUCCCCCACGACCAGUGAGAGGUGAAACCAUCAUUAGAUGCACUAUAUUUUCAAACAAGUUCUGUGUCACGCUAGAAAGAAAUGACGAAGACCAAUUUAUUGUUGAAAAUGGCGCCCCCCCGCGUAAACCAAGAACGUGGACUAAUUGAAUUCCGUUACUGCGAUACUUACAAAGACUGAACAAGUGACUACAAUUAAGGUGUCUAUGGAUUAGCUAAUAAUAAAAUCACACUGGUUUUUAAGCGUAACAUGCAUACAGGUACUGUUUUAUUAAGAUAAAUUAUUAUGUUAGUAAUUAAUAAGAUAAUUAAUAAAGGGAUUAAAACAA